CCCGACUAGCUUCGGGGGCGUUUGACUUUUGCGCCUAUAUCGACCACUUACCCACGCAAUUCGUUACAAUCUCGGUUUAAACUCUCCCAAACCCUCAACAUGCAGUUCAAGCUCUCAGCCACGCUUUCCGCCCACGAAGAUGAUGUCAGGGCGGCGACUGCUCUCUCAGACACGUCCAUAGUUUCUGCGUCGCGCGACGAGACCGUGCGCGUAUGGACCAAGGAUUCCACCUGGACGUCGGCUUUACUCUACAAAUCCGCGAGCUACAUCAACUCUGUUGCCUACAUCCCCGAACUGUCGCUUGUUGUGUUUGCAGGGAACGAUGCCACGAUUUGGUUUGUUGAUCCUGCGUCCUCUGACUUGGAGGCGCUGAUCACAUUACCAGCACACGACAUGAACGUCUGCGCGCUCCAUUACGUCGACGGUUUACUUGCUAGCAGUUCCUGGGACGGCACGGCCAAGGUCUGGGACGUGUCGCAGGCGUUGACCACGGGCCCGAGACUUCUCCACGAGCUCAGGGGACACGAAUCGGCGGUUUGGGACAUUAAAAUCCUCAACGCCGCGAAAAGAGAGUACGUCACAUGUUCCGCCGACCAGACGAUCAGAACAUGGAUCGGGGACCGCGAGGUGCUGCGGUUUUCCCCGCACACUGACGUCGUCAGAUCGCUCCUCCCGUUGCCGUUUGGCAUCGCGUCCUGCUCCAAUGACGGAACUAUCGCGAUUCUGAGCAGCGAAGGAAGGCUCAUAACAACCUUGAAGGGGCAUACGUCGUUUGUAUACCAGUUGGCCCUACUUCCAUCCGGAGAAUUGGUUUCGUGUGGCGAGGACCGUACUGUGCGGGUCUGGAACGACUCCGAAUGUGUCCAGGUAAUCACCUUGCCUGCGAUUUCGAUCUGGACGGUGGCAGUGCAGCCAAAUAGUGACAUUAUUGCCGGGAGCUCAGACAACCAGCUUCGUGUGUUUACCCGAGACCCCUCCCGGUAUGCGGACGAGGCAUCCCUUCAGGGGCUCGCCGACGAGAUUAAGGGCCUGGCAAUUUCCGAAAACACAAUGCAGAGCAAUGUGGGCGAGGACUUGCCCGGCUUGGAAGCCUUGCAGACCCCCGGAACGAAGGAGGGCCAGACCAUCAUGGUGAAAAACGAGCUUACAGUGGAGGCACACCAAUGGUCCAGUUCGGCCCAGGAAUGGGUCAAGAUUGGUGAAGUGGUUGGUAGAGGCGGCACGGGGAGCGAUAAGAAGGUGGAGUAUAGCGGCGCCAAGUGGGACUUUCUUUUUGAUGUGGACAUCGAGGACGGUGCCCCGGCUUUGAAAUUGCCUUACAACAUCAACGAAAACCCGUACAUUGCGGCAGAGCGUUUUUUGAGCAUGAACGAGCUUCCGCUGUCCUACAGCGAACAGGUGGUGCAGUUUAUUUUGAGCAACACCAAAGGGAUCAGCAUCGGAGGGCCGGAAAAGACGUACGAUCCAUACCAGGACCGCAACCCGUUGGAGCUUUUGCCCGUGAAACAGCACCUUUAUUUUGAUAAAGUGGAUGUGGAAACGUUGAGCAAGGGGUUGGCAAAGUUCCGUGAGAGUGAAACCGAGUUUGCGGUGAGCCAAGCUGACAUCGACACCAUCAAGGCAUCGUUGUCCCUGUUGACUGCCAACGUAGACGAAGAGGUGCUUGUUUCGGUGUACGAAUUUGCAUCAAAGAUUAUUCAGAGUUGGUCCGUAGACAGCAAGGUCAUCGGCUUUGACCUUCUCAGGGCGAUCAUUCCGUUCCACCAAAGGGAACCGGAGAACUUCAAGGCGUUGGUAACCACAGGUUUUCUCUGCGACUCGCCGUUGAUCUUGCUCAUGCUCUUGCGUUGUUUCGACAACCUUUUCCGCACUGGCUGGGGCAAGUCCUUCUUCACCACCGAAGACCCAACCUCCCAGUUUGACGUGUUGGAGGUGCUCAUCACCGUGAACGAUGAAUACUCCAAGGCAUUGCUGUCUGCGACCAAGCCUGCACAAUUGGCACAGCUUUCCGUCGCAUUGGCCACGUUGUACUACAACCUUUCCGUGUUGUGCGUGUGGAGCGGUUCCGCCAUCCUCCACACCAAGUUGUUAGCCGCGUUGAACCAUGUUGCCGAGGAGCUUAUUGUGAGAGGUGAUAACGAAGAGGCCGCCUAUAGGGUGAUUGUGGGCUUGGGAAAUUUAUUAACCGUCAAGCGCACGGCCAAGCCUAAAUGGUUGAGUCGGAUCAGAGAGAAGUACGGAGUGACAGGGGCCAGCAGGUUUGUGAUUGUGUGGGAGGACAUUGAGAAGAUAUAGGCAACCAGAACGCUCUACCGGUAGCACGACGUGUAAGCUAUGUGGACUCUUCAGGAUGAAAUAUUUAACCCACAGGAAGAAGUUACCAUGCCAGUCUAAAAGCUACAUGAUUUAAUUAAAAUAAAAUAAAAGUGAAAGG